AUGGUGACAUCUCUCUGUCCUGCAGUGGAUCCCUGUUGCCAUUUCCCCUGCCAGCACCAAGGGGUCUGCAUGAGGGUCGGCCUGGCAGGAUACGAGUGUGACUGCACACGGACGGGAUACUUCGGCACCAACUGCACCUCCCCCCAGCUCUGGACACGCCUCCAUGAUCUGCUGAAGCCCAGUCCUGCCUUCUACCACUUCGUACUGACCCACUUUAGAUGGUUUUGGGACAUUGUCAACAGCACCUUCAUCCGGGAUACGCUCAUGAUGCUCGUGCUGACAGUUCGUGCCAAUCUCAUCCCCAGCCCUCCCACCUUCAACUCUGACUAUGGCUACAUCAGCUGGGAGGCCUAUUCCAAUGUCAGCUACUACACCCGCGUCCUCCCGCCCGUGCCAGAAAACUGCCCCACACCCAUGGGCACCAAAGGCAAACAGCAGCUCCCCGACCCCCAGCUCCUGGCAGAGAGGUUCCUGCGACGGCAGAAGUUUGAAGCUGAUCCCCGAGGCACCAACCUGAUGUUUGCCUUCUUUGCCCAGCAUUUCACCCACCAGUUCUUCAAGACAUCUGGGAAGAUGGGACGUGGCUUCACCAAGGCACUGGGGCACGGGGUGGACCUGGGGCACGUGUACGGGGACAACCUGCAGCGGCAGCACCAGCUGCGACUCUUCCGGGAUGGGAAGCUCAAAUUCCAGGUGGUGGAUGGAGAAGUGUACCCCCCCAUGGUCACUGAUGCUCCGGUUCACAUGGUCUACCCGCCUGCUGUACCCAAGGAGAAGCAGCUGGCAGUGGGGCAGGAGGUGUUCGGGCUGCUGCCGGGGCUCUGCAUGUACGCCACGCUCUGGCUGCGCGAGCACAACCGCGUCUGCGACAUCCUGAAACGGGAACAUCCCACCUGGAGCGACGAGCAGCUCUUCCAGACAGCUCGUCUCAUCCUCAUCGGGGAGACCAUUAAGAUUGUCAUUGAAGACUAUGUCCAGCAUCUCAGCGGGUACUUCUUCAGCCUGAAGUUUGACCCUGAGCUGCUGUUUGGGACACAGUUCCAGUACAGGAAUCGCAUCGCAGUGGAGUUCAACCAGCUCUAUCACUGGCACGGGCUGAUGCCCGACUCCUUCAUCAUCCAGGGGGAGGAGUACAGCUAUGAGCAGUUCCUCUACAAUGCCUCCAUGCUCAUGGACUAUGGUGUAGAGGCACUGGUGGAGUCCUUUUCCAAGCAGAGUGCAGGAAGGAUUGGUGGGGGACAAACCAUCAACGCCAACGUUUUACAUGUGGCUGUUGGGGUCAUCAAGGAGUCCCGGCAGCUGAGGCUGCAGCCGUUUAACGAGCUUGCCUUGCAGAGCAGCCGCUCCUGCCUGUCCAAGCUGUGCUUGAUGGUCACCCUCACACCAGGGUGGUCGGGGCUGGUGCCUGGGUUGCAGGGCUCCUCCCUCCCAAGGGAUGGACGGGAGGAAGAGAAGGCAGCAGAGCUGGAAGAGCUGUAUGGAGACAUUGAUGCUCUGGAGUUUUAUGUGGGCUUGCUGCUUGAGAAACCCCAACCCAAUGGUAUUUUUGGAGAAAGCAUGGUGGAGAUUGGAGCUCCAUUUUCCCUCAAGGGGCUUUUGGGAAACCCCAUCUGCUCCCCAGAGUACUGGAAACCCAGUACAUUUGGUGGAGCAACCGGAUUUGAGAUAGUGAAGACAGCAUCACUUGAGAAGCUCGUGUGCCUCAACGUGAAGAAGUGCCCGUACGUGGCAUUUCAUGUGCCAGAUGCUGCAGAAAAGAACAGGCCUCAGGGUGGUGGGCCCUCUACAGAGCUCUAG